AUGAAACGAAUUCCACAUAUCGCUAAUGCUACUCUUGACAACAUUUACAGUCCAUUACCAUUCUCCAAUAAAGAACUAUGUCCUUUACAAUCUCUCAAAAUUAUCUCUUUGAUAUGUACAUUACUUCUAUUGAUUUUUAUUGGUUCGAAUUGGCGAAUACUGGUUGUGAAAACUUUAUCGAAUCAUGCUGUUCUCUUGUUAAUUGCAACUUCUUUCUUUUACAUGACUCUGGAUCUUUUACUCACUUUGAAUUCUUGUUAUUUCGGAUAUACUCAGCCUAGUUCGUCGUCACUUUGUUCAUUUUGGUCUUGGAUUGAUCGUACUUUAGUAUGUACAAGUCUACUUCUAGUCGCAACAGCAAGUGUUCAACGGUAUGUCUUUCUCUUCAAUGUACAUUUACUACGUGUCCAUCGAACGCGAUGGAUAAUACAUUAUAUUCCAUUGAUGAUUUGCAUGAUCUAUCCAGCAAUAUUCUAUUUGUUUCUAAUUAUUUUCUAUCCGUGUCAACAAUCAUCUAACGAUGAUGAUGAUGUGUACUGUUCAACUCCGUGUUAUUUUCAAAAUUCGAUAUUCAUUUCCAUCGAUUGUAUAUUACAUUCUGUAUUACCAUUAGUUACUAUCGUUUCCGCUCAUAUGAUUUUGGUUUGUUGGAUCAUUCGCUCAAUGUUUCGUUUGAAUUGUCAGAAAAUACCUCUCUGGAAACGACAAAAGCGAUUGAUUUUACGAAUUCUCACUUUUUCCCUAUUCUACGUGAUUACAUGGUCACCUUCAACAAUACUCUAUGUCCUUGAAGCUUUCCUUUCGCCUACAAUCUGUUUAAAUCAAUCGAUCAUGAAAUUUCUCGAUUAUAUGAACUACAUUUGUUGUCCAGCACAGCCAUUCAUUUGUCUAUUUAUUAUUAACGAGCCAAUUUACUUUCUUAAAAUUAAAUUACAAGACUUUGUCGAAAGAUGCUCGAAAAAACGUCGAGCAAUAUCUGUUCUAUCAUGA